AUGUUAUUUUCAUCUGUUGCUACCUUAUUAUUAUCCUCAUUAGUUAGUGGUUCGAUAUUAGGUGCUGAAGUUACUGAAACUAAAUCAUUAAGUGGUUUUCAUUGGGAUGAAUUUUAUACAUUUGAUAAAAAAUUUGCUUUAGCUGUUAAAGAGUAUUGUUCUGAUGAUAAGAAUUAUAAUUUAGUUUAUGAAAAUGAUUGUGGUGAAGCUGUUUAUAGUUGUGAUCCAUGUCAAACUUAUCCAAAAUGUGAUUGUUUAGAUUGUUAUGAUACUGAUGAUUAUGAUAAAUGUUAUGAUACUGAUGAUUAUGAUAAAUGUUAUGAAGUUGAUGUUGCUGCUGGUUCAGUUCCAUCUUUAUCAAUGGCUAUUCCUUCAACUAUUCCUACUUUAACUGCUGCUGCUGAUAUUUCAACUUAUGGGGGUAAAUAUAAAAAAUUUUGUGAAAUUUGUGAUAAAGAUGAAUAUGUUUUCUUUACAUUAUGCAAUACUGUUUUAAAAGAUGAGUGUGACAGAACUGGUGAAAUUGCAUGUAAUCAUGAAUUGAAAUUUGUUGAAUGCGAAGAUCCAAAAGCUAUUUAUGAUAAAGGAUUUUCGAUUAAAUAUCAAUUAGGUCAAUGGUUAUUAGCAUUGAAUCAUAAAACUUUAUUCUGGAGUUGUAAAGUUGAUGAAAAAUGUUUAUUCAAAAUUUAUGAUAAAAAGAUUGCAUGUCAUUGUGAACCUAUUGAAUUAAUCGUUAUUGUUGCAAAAAAAGAAUGUUGUGAUGUUGCAGAUACUUUUGCUACUUUCACUACUACAGUUUUAACAACAACAACUGUUUAA